AUGAAAAUUGUUUUUAUAUUCUGUAUAUCAGUGGUUGUAGCCGGGCCAACGAAAAGCUACAAGGAUCAGUACUGCACAGACCCUAGAACCAUGGAGAAGCAUGAAGUGUACCAAGAGUGGGCUGAUGCAUACUCCUGCACCAGGCAUAGGUGCCAGCCUGGGGGAAGGAAUCUUGCUAUAUAUACUGUUGGUUGCAAGCGUGUCGAAGCUCCAGAGUCAGCCAUCGAAUGCGAGGAGGUGGUGGAAGAUACCAACAUGCAGUUCCCAUAUUGUUGUACAAGACUUAGAUGCCUCGUCGUAGUGCGUGGUGAAGUCUGGACCAAAGUGCUGGGCCAACCUUGGGAAAAUCUGCCUGCAGCUCCAUGGAGUCACAUGUAUAAGAUGAAGAAACCGGCUCCUGCUGAACAGCCUAAGGGUAUCAUACAAGGACCGAUAUACGAAAUGCAAUCUGAGAACAAUGAAGAUAAAGUUCUGCGGUCAUCAAAGGUAUCCACCUCGAAACCAGAUUGCCAAGACAUAGCGAUAGCGCCUAGAGUAGCUGUAUCACCUGAUUUUGUUAUCGCAUUACAGACGACAAAUGAUGAAAAAGAGAAGAAGCAAUUUGAGAGUUUAAGACGCAAACACAAUCGAAGAACGACACCUGUUCCAGAAGAGAGCGACAAAGAUCACAAUAUAGAUGUAGGGGUUACGGAAAUGGUACCCUCAGAAUCAGAAGAAAAGUAUUACAGACACGGGGUGACUGAAAAGGGUAUUAAGAAUCAGGAAUGGACAGAAAUACCCCAAAGCCAAUGGAAUGAGCGUGAAAAAGAUGACGCGUUGGUAGUUAUUGACACAGCAGAUGCUGAAGAAAAGCAAGAGAAGCCGGCUCUGCAGGCCUUGGUCGAUGCAAUUGGAAGUCGGAUGAGAGAUAUAGAAAAUGUCGUCCAGAAGAUGAGUGAGAAAGUACAGAAUAAAGUCGAGCCAUUCGCAAGUUUGGAGAACAGAAUUUCUAGGCAAUCUGAAAACGACGGAAAGACAGAGCAAGAAGAGAAAGAGUAUGAGAAGGAUAAAGCACCGAAUAAAGAUGAUCACUACAAGCGGUUUUCAGUGAGAAAUCGAAGUAGAUACCUAGGAGGUACGACGGAGACGAGUGAUCAGCCGAUAUUCGUUGAUGAUGGGUACUUCAGCGAUGCAAGCAAUGUUAUUAGGCGUGCCAAUCCACCAAAGGAACCACCCACAUACAUGGCCCCAGUUGAAAAUCGUCGCCACCACGAGAUACUUGAAACCAAACAUAAAAAGAAGCAUCUUCAUAAGAAACAUGGAAAGGGCCACAAGAAACAUCACAGCAAAGACGACAAACGAAAACACAACAAAAUAAUUUCAAAUGAAGACAAGAACAUUGUUUCUUUGGAGGACACAAGUGAUAAUAAAUAG